AUGCCGCGGACGCUUGCCCAGACGACAUGUGUCCCAGGAACUCGUGAGACGAUCAAUCCUGAUUACAUUGUCGAGUACCAAUGUAACUGGCUGCGAAUUGGCGAGAGCCACACUGGUAUCAACUCUCCCGCGGGGUGUGCCGCUCUCGCUAGAGAUGCUGGUGCUACUUCCACCUAUCACCCUCCUACCAAGAAAUGUGUCGUCGGUAGAGAGGGUGGCACCGAGAAGGCUAACGCUGAUACCCACUACAUGGUCAAGACUCAGGUAGACGAAGAAGAUCCCUUCAAGGAGGAUGAGGAUGAGGAAGACCCAUUUGCUAUGACCUGUGAUGAAGAGAAAGAGGCCUGUCCCGAGAGAGAGACCGCUUUGAAGGCCGAGCUGGCUUCCAGCAAGGAUCAGCUUGCUGCCAGCCAAGCAGAUAAACGACCCCAUUAUCAUAUACAGCAACAUGGCUAA